CCUUGAACAAUCGCCGCGGAGAAUUAUGACGAUCACCGACGGCCGUCGGAACGACCCGGAAAACUUUUCGGCGUCCCGCUGACCCGGCAGACUUUUCCGCGUACCACACAUCGCUCUAGUAUUAGUUUAAUAAUAUAUUAUUAUACUCGUCUCGCCGCCGCCGCCGCUCCGCUGUCCGCCGACGUCUGCACGUCAACCAGAUGAACGAGUAUGACGAGACGACUGGAGAUUAUUGUCAUGUGCGCGGCCCUAGUGGUGGCCGCCGCCGGACUUGCGUCGUCAACCGAACAAUCCUUCGCCGUCGAACCAGACGAUCGGAGUGCGGUGGUGGACUCGACGGUCUCGCUGCCGUGUAAGGUCAACGAUCUGGCCGGAAAGCUCCAAUGGACCAAGGACGAUUUCGCGCUGGGUACCAACAGGAACCUGUCGUACCACGGUUACCCGAGAUACGCGAUGACCGGCAGCGACGCGAACGGCGAAUACAACUUGAAACUGAACCCCGUGACUCUGGACGACGACGGCGUGUACCAGUGCCAGGUGGGCACGGGAAAGCGAGGCGAUCCUGCCAUCAGGUCGAGGAAAGCGACGCUGACCGUCCUGGUGCCGCCGAACCGUCCGCGGAUCACGCCGCAGGGCGAUACGAUCUACCUCACGGAAAACUCGCCGAUCGACCUGGAGUGCAUAUCCGAAGGUGGAAAACCGCACGCAGAGAUCACAUGGACCGACGGCUACGGCAAAGUGAUCGAGGAUGGAACUGAAACGUCCAUCGAGGCCAUGGCGGCUGAGAGCAAACGGUUUACAACCAAAUCCGUUCUGAGAUUCAUACCAAAAAUGGAACACCACAACACGUCGAUAUCGUGUCACGCGCACAACUCGGCUAUUGACAAAAAGUUACAGACGAAAAUCCAUUUGAACGUCAAAUUUGCUCCGAAGAUAACGCUGACCAUUGCCGGGCCCGCGAGAAAGCUGGUCGAAGGGACAGACGUGCAGUUCCUGUGCUUGACGAAAGCCAACCCACCGGAAGUGAACUACCGGUGGUUCGUCAACGAUCAGUACGCGCCGAGCGAAGUCACGUCCGAACUGUGGCUGUUCAACAUAUCCAGGAGGCUGCACAAUUCGUUGGUCAGGUGCGAGGCGCAAAAUUCAGUGGAGAAAACAGAAGAAUCCAAAGCGUUGAGCAUAUUGUAUAAACCUCAGUUCAAAAAUCGACCGAAAAACGUCCAAGGGGAUAAUGGAAGUUAUGUGACGAUCAUGUGUGACGUGGACAGUAAUCCGCCACCGACCAUCGAGUGGACGUUCGAGAGAACAAAAAGAGUGGUGAGUGUGACCGGCAACUUGACGGUGCAGGUGACGAAUAUAACCGUCGGCCGAUACCACUGCAAGGCCACCACAUCAAGGUUUGGCGAGGUGAACGCCGAGGCUACCGUGUCCAUGAGGGGCAAGCCGGUCAUCAACAGCCCUCAGGUCCAGUACGGCUCUCUGUCCGAAACUGUUCGACUCGAGUGCGUCGCCACGUCCGUUCCUGUCGCUGACGAGAUAAUUUGGACUUACCACAGGGUUCGAAUUGGCAAUAACAAGGAUCAGAACUAUUAUUCAGCACUGGAAGACCCGAUCGAUGACGGUGUGAAGAGCACACUGAUCAUCAGGAAAUCAGUACAAGAACAUUUCGGAACCUACAACUGUACGGCGCACAACGAAUACGGAUCCGACACGAUGAUGAUCGUGCUGGUGCCAAAAAAAGACUUUAUGCUGAUCUUGUCAAUCAUUGGUGCCGUGGGCGGAAUCAUCGUCAUGAUUUUGAUUUUCUCAGUCAUCGGGUUUUGUCGACGUACGACAUCUCAGAAAAAUAAGAAAGCCAAAUCCGAUUUCAACGGAGAGUCGGACGUGGAAAACAAGCAGAAUGCCGCGGCCAGGGAAUCUGAUGCGUCAUCCAACGUGUCGGACAUCAAAAUGGAGACGGGCACCGGGUCGUCGCUGAGCAACUACCGGUACAAGAUCGACUACGGCGCGGACUCGUUGACGGUUACCACAACCGCGACCGCGGUCGACGACCAGCACCCGCGGUCCGCUACCCCAAAGAGCGGCGGCGGCAGUCAGACGACCCUGCCCCGCAGCGGAGGCGGCAUUCCCUUGGCCGGCCCGGUUCCAGUCGACCCCCGGUACGCCACAGCAGCUGGUUAUCUGGGGCACAUGCACCCACACAACGUCAUGCACCACCCGCUGGCCAACGGUGCAGCCAUCGGCGACUACGCGGACCCGCUCAACUACGUUAGAUACACCAACAACCAUCUCGCCGACCGGCCGACCAGCAGCAACAACGGCUACAUAGCUGCCGACAAGCUGUACGACCUAAACCCAAUGCCGCCGCCGCAGACAGUCAUCGCUCUGUCCUCGUCGUCGUCCUCGUCGCCGUCGCCCAAACUGUCUUUGGACGCGACCGCCAGGACGUCCACCGGCGGCGACCCGGCCACGCUGCUCCAGUACUCGGCCACGUACGGCAACCCUUACCUGCGGCCCGCGUCCGCACAGUGGCCGGCGCAGCCUCCGCGGCCGCUGCAGAAGUACGACGCGUACGGCCGGCCCGAACCGCCGCCGUACAGCUCGGUCGGCAAGGGCAAGCGGAAAACCGCCGCGGCCGGCCACGGUCCGUCCGCCGCCACCGUGCCCGUCGGGCCCAACUAUCACAUCGGCGUGGCCAAACGGCAGACGCUGGCCACGCACGUCUGAACGGCCGCUCGAGGAGUCCGCGGCGCAACAAAGGCUGAUGAAAUAGUCGUAUUAUAAUAUUGUUAUAUAAUGUUAUAUAUUAUAUGUAACCAUCGUUUGUAAACGAUAUCGUUAUAACGAGAUAUGCUUAUCGCGUACGAUAUAAUAAUAUAUUUUAUUAUAACGAUGAUGAUAUCACGUGUUAUGUAAAACCCCAGACGGUGCACUUCUGCAUUUACUGAUGACUCGAACCUGCCCCGGUGCAGUAGUAUCACGUAAUAUGAAGAAUAAAUUAUUGUACAACACCUUUACUAUAAUAUUACAAUGGUCAGGAAUUUGACGUGAGUGCUAAAUAUCAGUUAAGCGUACCUAGUUAGUAAUCAAUAAUUUAUCAUAAGAUUUGUUUUUCCUGUUAGUGGAGAUACUGAAUCGAGGUAGGUUUUGGUAUGUUUACAUUUAUGAGAAUAUUACAUGACUUGGAUAGAGAAAAUGCACCGUCUGGUUUUAUAAUAUAAUCUGUGAUGAUAUCGUGUGUAGUAAAAUUUAUAUUUUAUUUAGUGGUCGUUUCUCGAACUCUUCGAACACCUCGAACUUUAAGAAAUUUCGAAUAGUAUAUUCGGGCACAAUCAAGUUCGAACGGUUCGAGUACGACGAAGAAGAUUAGUUUUAAUUUUUUUUUUUUUUUGUUUUGUUUUAAGUGCUCUUUUACUACUAUUAUUAUAUUUUAAAAUUUGUUAUGGUUAAAUUAUUUUUGAAAGUUUGACAAAGUUCGAACUGCGUUCUAGUAAAAAAAUCAAGUUUGAGUUCGUGAAAAACAACUCAAGUCUUACCCCCCCCCCCCCCAUUGGCUAUCCAUAUGUUUUCAUCACCACAUAAUAAUUGUGUGUGGAUCGCCACCGGAAGACCACCUCUCCGAUUCACCCCUGCCAACCCCACCACCGAGCCCAUGUUAUACUUGGCCGGUGCGACAACCGAUUAAUAUUCUAAGGUGUCGCAUUUGUUUCCGACGGUUUGGGAAACCAUAAAAAACGGCAAAAGUUCGUAAACAGAUCAAUGAUUCGCGAACAACAUACCUAUAGGUACAGAUAUCUGUAAAUCAUAAUAUUAUACCGAUGGGUAAGCCGUCACAGACACUAAAUAUUUUACUGGACACGUCCUGUCUUACGCAUCUUUCAAUUUUUUUCCCUCUCUAUUCGAAUCCAACCGAUUCGAUUACAUAUAGAACAUCUAUUUUAUAUGAUACGACACUAUACAGGUUAAUAUUAAUUUAGUACAUAUUUUACUCUUCGUUAGGUUUUAUAGUGUGUAAAUAAAAAAUGUUAAAUAAAUUUCGAUUUGUUUCCAACUGGGUUAUCAUCGGCGCAUACAAGGUUUUGUUGGACAUACUAAAAAUUGUUCUGAAAUGUUAUUUUCGGAGACGCACGGUUAAAUAGUUUUAAAAAAUGUAUAUAUAGGUGAACGAGAAUCGAAAGAGCAACCGUAGGUAAUAUACACCCGAAGGCACAAAUUGUCCUACCUACCUAUAGGUACUUAACAAUUUGUCGGAAACGCUUGACGAGAAUAAUUCGUCGGAAGUAACGCUAUGUUUUCUGUCGUUGGAAAUGGCACGGCGCAUAAUAUACUGCAAAACUAUACUGCACAACGACCAAUUUUUAUUUUUCAGACUUUCAACAUGAAUUUGUCGUGAAUCGACACUACAAUAUAUAAUAAUUUAAUACCAUCAACAAAAUCCGUCAUAACGUUUAGCCGAUAUCGAAACCCCCCCCCCCCCGCCCCGCGUAGGCGUAAUAUAACCCCCGUAUACAGGUCCCCGCACUAUUACGAAAUCCAACUGAAUAUAAUUUAAAUGUUAUUAAAAAUGUAAUAUGUACGCGCAGCGUUAUAAUCACGUGGGCCGAGUCGAAUUGCACUCGUUUUUUGGCCGAAGUGCUGCACCCGGGGCAGAAAGAGGUAAUAAUAUACUGUUCGAAUUUUGCACUCGUCAUUUAUUGCCUAUAUAUAUUACAAUCCUGUAAUCGUUUGGUUUUAUUCAAUAUAAUACCCACUUAGAAUUUGUGUUUUGUUUACGGUUAUCGACGGACGCGUCCGAAGAAUAGGUAAUUCGUAUAAUCAAAUCAAUGAACUAUUGUUUAGAUGUAAUAUAUAAUAUUAUGAUUACGCGACACAUACGCGUUCGUUGUCUCCGUUUUACGACGUCGUAGUACCUACGAUAUAGGAAAUUUUUGUUCACUUGUUUCAAUGGUGUGCUGUUAGUUUUAAUGUUAGAAUGAAUAUUAUAUUGACCUAUAUUAUCAAACUUUUGGGUAAGAACAUUAUGUUUUUUUUUUUGGCAUUGAUCAGCAGGGGCUAACGUUUGCUUUCGCGUCACACUACUUGCCCCUACUGACCAUCGUUUAUUGAAAAAACCACAAAAAAACACGAGAAGUGGUGUGCCAAUCCCCCACUUACUAUCUCUAACAAUUUAAUAUUUACAAACAACACUGGGCUCUAUCCCCGUAAUUUUGCUCUUCGAGCCACAACAAUUUACUUAAUUCAAAUUUUUUAUUCUGGUCUCCCUGCUGCCUGCAUUUUACGCUCAUCCGCUUAUUCCUUCUUGCCCAUGACCGCCGUAAUGAAACUGACCUCUGCAUCCCAUUUGGACUUGGACCGUAACAUUGCAUCAACCAUCCCCUCUGGAGUGAUAUCCAUGUUGAGCUCCACUUCCAAACUCCGCCGUUCUCGCCACCACGUGCCGCAUACGAUAAACGUGUGUUCUGUGUAGUUGUAUAGAUUGUCACAGUACAUGCACACUGCAUUGUUCCUCUUAUCGAAUCUUAAUAAAUAUUCGUUGAAACAUCCGUGUCCCGUCAAGAACUGCGUCACGUGAACAUUUAUUUGCCCCCGCUUCCUGUCUCUCCAGGUUUCGAUCGUUUCUGGCCUCUAAUUUGGCGAUUUCUGAGUCACUGCCAUUCUUCCACGAUCGCUCCAAUUCUGUGUUUUCUAAAGCGAGCAGGUGAAUCGGGAUAAUCCCGGUUAUCACCAUUAUAGCAGCGUUGGAAACGGUGCAGUAGGCACUCGCCACCCUCAAUGGGUGGUUUCAAUAACGAACAUUAUAUGUGCUUAAGCGUCGGCGAAAAUGUCACGAAUUAAAAAUCAUCAAAAUAUCUCGCUUGAAAAUUUAAAUAAUUUUCUUACCUAUAAUAAGUCGUUUCACUCUAAUAUUAAAACUAACAGCACACUAUUGAAACUAGUGAACGAAAAUUUGUUAUGACAACAAUGCUUAGGCGUCCACUUAAUAUUAUGAUAUCUAAAUAAGUUUAUUGUUUUUCUUAUAAUAAUUACAUACAUAAUAUUAUGUCAACAAUUCAAAACUAAUGACAUGGAACUCAGUUUUUUCCUUCAAAUAAAUAAGUAGCUACAGUUUAUUUAAAUAUCAUCUUCUAAAUUUGAAAAUAAUAAUAUAAAAAUAUGCAUUUGUGUUUAUUUCUAAAUUAGUUACCUAACGUCCUUUUAACACCUACUCAUUCGAUUGAAGCACGCACGAAAUAAUUAUUGUAAUUAUUAUAGUCAUCUAGAACUAAUAUCUGUUCAUAAGUUCUGCUGAAUGAUCGGAUCGAGUCCACUUCGAACAUUAUACCUUAUCAACCCCCCGAGUGAUGUGAUUCUAACAUUUCGGUUUGGAUAAUGAGUGCAGUUCGACAAGCCCCAAAGUUGUUCAUUUAGACAUAGUAUUAUAUUAUAUCAAUGUUACUGUAAAUAAGCGUGUUCUCGGAAAUAAAGUCAUUAGAUAUAUUGUGUUAUUGCUACGACACCUGUUUGCAGCAGUGGAACGUCCUAGAUGGUUUUCCACUAGAUUAGACGCUUUUGCGAGCCAUAUAUUAAGUAUGCGAUGCAGACAUCGCCAAACGAAAAAAACUUCCUACUUUAUUCAAUUUUUUUUAAAUAAUAUUAAUGUCGAUAAAUGUCAAAAUAUAUUAAAUAAUACGAUUUGAGAAUUUUUAUAUUGCCUAUACCUGUAUGUUCUUUUAAAUUUUCUUCCAAUUUUAUUUUUUCGCGACACCCUGCUCUGGAAUCCUGCUUGUUCCGACUGUUACAGAGUUAGGUUACACUAUAUAUAGGUCAAGCAACAUCCAUCUCAUAACAAUAUAAGUACCCUGUACGUCAACUCGAGUCGUCUCAGAGUCGUCUCAGAGUCGUGUCGUUAAAGUCUCCCGUUCGCCUGUCAGGUUAGGUACUGAAUUCGCCAUCACUUCCAUUCGCAUGCCGACCCUGCGGUCACCUCCUCCCAUCAAAAUAUUAUUAUUUUUCCCCCGUUCGACUGUAUAAUAAUACAUCAUAUUAUAAGGCUAUAAUAUUAUUAUUGUUUAAUUAUAUAUCGAGGUAUAUGCUCCUCAUAGGUGAAAAUCUGUUCGUCGCUCGUCAUAUCAUAAUAAUAUACACUUCGACGUGGGUAAUACAAUGAUAUCGAUGGCUUGAAGAGCGCUGCACACGUAUACAUAAUAUUAUUACUAUAAUAGAUGAAAAGUUCUGUGUCAACUACCUCCCCCCCC